UCAUGACAAUCUUUAGGAUUACUGAUGCAGAUUAGAAAAUACUCAAAAUGUAAACCGAAUUAGGUUUAAGGUCAGGAGUUUAAAAUGUAUUUUAGACAAAUUAUUUAUUGAUAGUUUAAUAUGAUAAUCCACAUCUAAGAAUAUAUAAUUUACCUUUAUUCUUAAUUUUUUUAAAUUCUUUUCUAUCCUGGUGGAGAGUUAGGGUUAAAUUUUUAUUGAAGGGAUCUAAUUUCCUUUUAACAAUACUUGCAUCUGGUUCCUAUAGUUGGAGGCAUCAUCUUUAAACAACUGUUUUCACUUUUUUUUGCGCAGAAGAUUUAUUUUGUUGAAGAAAUUCUACUUUUAAUGCUCUUCAAGAAUUGAAUGUCUACUCCUGCAUUUAUAUUGACU